GAUCCACAAGGCUUAUACACACCAACUUCCGGGCUCGGAUCUAAGCGGCUGAACUCCAUCCCUGUUGGCUUCGCUGUAUUUUGGCUGACGAGACUUCACGUGCCGGCUGAGAAGAUAUUCUGCUUUCUCUGUAUUUUGUUGGUGAAAAUAGUUCGGUAGCUUUUAUUGGCGGUUCUAAAAGUUGAAGAUGGGCCCUCCAGCAGAAAUGGUGUAUGAUUUUCACCAGGUGGUCGUGGUGGCCGUGGAGGUGGUAGAGGUGGCUUCGGAGGAAGUAGAGGUGGUUUUGGAAGAAGUCCGGGAGGUAGAGGCGGCGGCGGCUUUGGAAGAAGUCCAGGAGGAAGAGGUGGAGGUGGACGAGGAUUUGGUGGGAGAGGUGGUGGUGGCAGGGGAGGAGGCAGAGGCCGUGGAGGUGGUAAGUGAAUGUGGCAUGAGAGGUGGUAAGAAGGUUAUCAUUGAACCUCAUAGGCAUGAAGGAGUGUUUAUUGCUCGGGGUAAAGAAGAUGCAUUAGUAACUAUGAACAUGGUACCUGGAGAAGCUGUUUAUGGGGAAAAGAGGAUACAAGUUGAAGAAGGAGAGACUAAAUUGGAAUACAGAGUAUGGAAUCCAUUCCGAUCAAAACUUGCUGCUGCUAUUUUGGGUGGAGUGGAUAAGAUUCAUAUGCCCCCAGGAACAAAAGUAUUGUACCUUGGAGCAGCGUCUGGUACUACAGUUUCUCAUGUUUCGGAUGUUGUUGGACCCGAAGGUCUUGUGUAUGCUGUUGAGUUUUCUCAACGAUCUGGACGUGACUUAAUCAAUAUGGCAAAAAAACGUACGAAUGUAAUUCCGAUCAUAGAGGAUGCUCGUCAUCCUCACAAAUAUCGAAUGCUGGUUGGUAUGGUUGACACAGUGUUUGCUGAUGUUGCUCAGCCUGAUCAAGCUCGAAUUGUUUCUCUGAAUGCACAACAUUUUCUGAAGAAUGGUGGACACUUUGUUAUUUCUAUUAAGGCUAGUUGUAUAGAUUCUACAGCUACUCCUGAAGCAGUGUUUGCAUCAGAGGUCAAGAAAUUACAAGCAGACAAGUUAAAACCUCAAGAACAGAUCACAUUAGAGCCCUAUGAAAGAGACCAUGCUGUUGUAGUGGGAGUUUUUAGGCCUCCACCCAAGGGUACAGGAAGUUAGUGUAAUUUAAAAAAAAUUUAUUUUGUGAGUUCUGAGACAUUUCAUCAUCAACAUUAAUUUUCAAGUCUAGUGAGCAGUUUUUAUUUCUGCAGAUUUGUAUGUUGGGUUAUGAUCCAGUUUACAUAUACAUAAUCACAUGUAUGAAGUAUUCUUGUGUUUAUCAAGACGUAUACAGAGAAUUUUAAUAAAACAAGUUAUAUACAAUUAUUGUUUUUAAUAACCUUGAAGCAAUUGUCUUCGUACUAGUGAUGUCUUGUUCUGUGCUUUGAUAAGAUAGUUUGUGAAUAUUCAGCUAUUCUGUGAAAACUGGAAAAAAACUUCGAAAUCUUGUGUAAUACAAAGGACGCAAAAUGAACAGUGGUAUCACAGGGAAACAGGUCGCAUCUAAUAUGUAUUGGAAGGUGUCUUCACCUGAGUAGAACAAAGAACUGAUGAAUCCGGAUAUCCUUGCAGUGUACGGGAUGAUAACUAAAUCAUUGAUUGCAACUUAUCUAAUAGUUUCAUGUACUGCAGUUUUUUAUCAGUUGCGUAAUUCCAUGAUCAAAGUACAGUAGAACCCCUAUUUAACGUCACCUCAGGAGGGUCUAAAAUUCUUACAUUAAUUGUGGGUUUGGGGGUAUUCUUUGAAGAAAUUAGAUAGAAUUAACCAGGAAUUAGACUUUAUUUUAAAAAUGCUAUAUUUUUAUCAUAAGGGUGGCCCAUAAAUUACAUAACACUAAAGAACGGGAGAGGGGGGGAUAGUGUUACAUAGGGGAAGGGCAUCAUGGUUUAGUGUUAUGUAAUGCUGAGAUUAAUUUUCAAUUUUUCUGAAAUAAUUCCUUUUAUUCAGUCUUGUACUAAAACCUUCAAAUAUUACCAAUUUAACUUUAAAAAUUUGAAUAAUCUAAAAGUUGAUGUACGUAUUGUUUUAAGAAAAUACUUUUUCAUUUUUAUGAAAAUUUAUCAUCCUAGACGGUGAAACGUUUGCAGUGUUUUCAGAAAUUUUCUCGUCUAGGUAUCCUUCAAACAUUAUCCCCAAUCUUAUUGUAAAAUGCAGUGCCCAUCACAAAUUCUGAUUUCAUCAUUAAUUUUAAUAUAGAAUUCUAAUAAAAUUUAUACAACUUGUUUCUAAUGUGUAAUUUAUUUUUAUUGAUUGUAAAUUGGGGGAGGGGAGGGUUUGUUGCGAGCAUUGUAUAAUUAUUUUGGAGUGAUUCAAGCGAGUGUUAACAAAUGCGUUACGGGGAGGUGUUAUUCCAAAUACUGUAUUUUUGCGUUUUGAAAUGUAUGGACGGUCCCAUACAUAUUAAAUCACAAUGUAAUCAUAGAAGUUCUAUUUGCGAGUGUGAAAUUUACAUGGUUGGGAGGCACUCCCAUCCGUCAGAAUCUGAUGGAUGCAAACAUGAGAAUAACACUACCUUAAUUCAGUUGGAAUUGCAGCUGUUAAUGUUUUGUACAUUACAUUUGGCUGUACAUGACAGACGGUGUCGCAUGACAUUGGGCAACGGUUUCCAAAACUUUAAAUAGGGGUUCUUCGGUAGUUUAUGAACACCCCAAAAUAUUUUGAUACAUCGCAUAGAAUCUUGG